AUGAAUGCAGCAGUGAUGAGCUGUACUCGAAUGGCAAUCCUCCAGGGCUGUGUUCCGUACGGCGUUCUGGAUUCCAUUGAAGGCCUAGCCAAUGGCAAAUUCCUGAAGUUGGAAUGGAACGACGUGGCACUGUGGUCCUCAGAUGGUGGCUCACAUCUCGGCACUCAGCGAGAGCUGCCCGACUCUAAAACGAUAUCGCAGAUAGCGCAAAGCCUAAAGAAGUUCUCCAUCCAUGGGUUGAUUCUGAUCGGUGGCUUCACGGCAUUCCACUCCUGUUUAAUCCUAGCACAGGCACGAAAUGACUAUCCAGAACUGUGCAUUCCAAUGUGCGUAGUUCCAUGUACCAUCGAUAACAACGUACCCGGAACGAGCUUCUCACUGGGCGCCGAUACAUCGCUCAAUGAAAUCUGCGGAUCCAUCGAUAAAAUCAAGAAAGCAGCAACAGGGUCAAAACGUCGUGUAUUCAUUAUCGAAACGAUGGGUGACUACUGUGGAUAUCUGGCAACACUGGCUGCUAUGGCGUCGGCCGCUAAUGCAUCAUAUAUCUUCGAAGAGCUCUUCACCGUCUAUGAUUUACUGGAUGAUUUGCGGGAAAUUAAAGAGCAAAUGAAAAGUACCACGCAAAGCUAUCUCAUUGUGCGAAGCGAGCAUGCCUCGUCGAACUAUUCGGCUGCAUUUAUCAGGCAACUGUUUAGUGAAGAGGGAAAAGGAACUUUCUCAGCACGAGUCAAUUAUCUUGGUCAUACGCAGCAAGGCGGCAAUCCAUCACCAUUCGACCGCAUCCAGGGCAACAAAAUGGGUGCAAAAGUUGUGGUACACAUUAUAGAGCAGAUUCAGGAAUUUCAAAAAGCGAAAAUGCGGGAUCCGAGGACAGCGACGCUAAUCGGUUUGUUAGGACGGCGUGAAUGCAUGAUACCGGUAGAAGAGCUUGCCGAUGAGGCUGAUUUUGUGUACAGGUUACCGCGUGAACAGUGGUGGCUUAAAUUACGACCGAUCAUAAAAAUACUGGGCAAAAGACCUCAAUUGCAGUAA